GGGCGGAACAGGCCCAGUGCCUGGUGCUGCAGCAUGAUGGUCCACAGUCCAGAGCGGGCGCCAAAGAAGGGCAAGGAAGAGAACAGUCUUGUCGGUUCUCGGGAGGCCUGGACGGUUGUUCGCUACUUACAGAGUAUACAAUACUCCAGAUUCUCUGUUAUCUAGUGUAUAUGGAGUACGGAGCCAUGCGCGUACUAACGUUGCCGCUGCUUGCUCAGCGCUAACUAUAAUACCGCUGUGGGCCAGGCAAGAGCUGAUCAUCCACCCAACCAGAUCGCCCAAACACCAGGCUGACUAGCAUAGAUGAAGGGGAAAUUGGCUCCAGGACUUGCCAGCGCACACAUCGCAUCCGCGCGGGACAUGUCGAGCGGCCACGGACGAAACCGUUCUGAGGGGCUUGGUGUGUCAGGACGAUGGGUUAUGGCCCCUGAAGCUGCGUCGUCAGCUAUCGAAUCAAAGGCCGUACUCUCAGAUUGGCCGGCUGCAGCCCAGGCACAACCGCUGUCCUCUCGGCGCCAGUGCAGCAAGCAGGCCGGGGUGAGCCAUCCAUCAACUGAGGAUCCCCCUGUCGGGAGAGACGCCGGUCUCAAUGUCUCCCGAUUCGCCCUUCGCACAUUCCUCACUGAUAAUGCGCCCUGGUAUUGUUCCACCGAGGCUGAUGAGACAUUUAUAACCUGCCAGAGUAUCCCGUUCUCCCUCGCUCGCUCGUUGAUAGUUCGAUGGUUCGAUGGUUCUUUGGCCAGACGUCGUCGUCGUCGUCGUCUCGACUCUUGA